AGUGAUUUGAUUUUCAUGACAUAUAUUUUGAUUUUACAUAUCUACUCUUUUUUCAUAAAUAAACAAUCAUAAAAAAUUAGAUUUCUAAGCACAGACUUCCUUUUAUAUAUGCCUUAUAUCUAAUCUCUUAUCAAAGGCACAGACGAGCUGACGAUAUCUUUAAUAAUGACUGGGGAUUCCGAGAAAGUCCACUGUUUCAAAGUGGAAAACAAGUUCAUUGUUAAAAGUGGAUGUAAGAAACGUAUGUGGAGAUCACUAAAGCAGAUAUUGGCGACUGACAGAACUUUACCAUGGCCCAAUGAUGCUGUUUUAUAUUAUUCAAUAAAUGCACCACCUACAUUUAAACCAACAAAGAAAUAUUCGGACAUUUCUGGGCUCCCUGCACCCUAUGUUGACCGUCACUCAAAACUAUACUACAGUAAUGCUGAUGAGUUUGCUACAGUGCGAAGCCUGCCCAUGGAUAUUACUGCAGGAUAUUUACAGUUGAGAGGAGCUACUACUAUUGUUGGAUAAUAAUACUUUAAUUUGAAAGCAGUGUUAUCUCUCUAAAAUGUCAAAUUCCUCUGGGAGUUGUACUAUUAUACUAACUUUACUCAAGUAAUGACUAUGUUGUUGAACAUAAUACUGGAGUUUGGUUGGUUUUUACUUUAAACAUAAAUUAAUCUAAAGAAAAUGAUUGCAAUCCUAUAUUUUAAUCUUUGAAACUAUAAAAUAAACUUCUUACCUUAUUAUUAUUCAUUUAUUUAUUUGUAUUGUAUAGAGAAGUAAAAUAUAAAUGAAAGAUAAAUUAAUAUUGCAGUGAAAUUAUUAGCUAAUUAAUGAUUUGCAAAAAUAUAUAUAAAUAUAGCAAUAUUUUGUAAAUAUCUAUCUACUCUAUAAAUGAAGGCUGACUUAAUAAUAAUAAUGGAUAUCCUGAGUAAUUACUUAAA